AUUUGUUGUCGCAGAUUCGCCAGAAAUCUUUCUAAAAACAAAAAUAAGAUUUUCAGUUGUCUAUUUAAAUGGUUAUUUAGAUGUCUACGUCUUAUUUCUUUACAUUUGUUUAAGGUAAUAGUUUUAUUUUGCAAACAUGGAGACGUCACAUGCAGGUGGGACGUAUUCCAUCUUCAUGUGCAAACUCUGCAACCUGUUCUCGCCACAUCGAGCCCAGCUCGUCUCACAUGUGACCGAGAAGCACCAAGCCGAGGGGCUCAACCCUGAUGACAUCAUAGUGGCCCUCAUGCCGUUGACAGCUCAGCAGGACAACGAUGGAGAGAGUCCUGUCAAGAGGAAACGAGGAAGGCCAAAGGGCUCUACGAAGAAGCCCACAGCUGAUCGGUCCGUGACAGAGACAACAAGCCCCGACCCGGGACUGAAGCACACAGCCGAGGUCCAGUCAGGUGGUUCAGUGGUGGAAGAGGAGCCAGGGGAUGACAGCUCCCUGGACUGCAAGAAGUGCAACCGUGUGUUCGGCAACAGACGACAGAUCAUGAAACACAUCUGUCUGAUAACUCUCAGAGAAGAUGUCGAUGAGGAGGACAAUGACAAGGAGUCUGAAGCUCAACCAGACGGAGGACGUCUGGAGGAGGAUGGAGAGAGGAGCUCAAAGAGGGCUCGGCCACUCCGCUCCGAAAAGGUUUCCAACCUGAGGGACCAGGAUCAGUCCGGGGGCUCCAAGAACCCAAUUGUCAGUGUUGUUCUCACCGCCCAUGAGGUGCUCCCUGGCGCUACAAGGAUAGUGCCGAUUGAGGCUGUGCCAGCAGAGCCGGCUCUUCCUGUGGACACAGGCUCUCAGGAGGCGGAGCAGAAGAGAGGUUUCCAGGAGUAUGCCAUACAGCAAGCCGCUUACCAAGUGCCUCUAAAAUCGAACAGAAUAGGUCAGACGCAGCUGAAGAUCUUCACCUGUGAGUACUGCAACAAGGUCUUCAAGUUCCGCCACUCGCUGCAGGCCCACCUGCGAAUCCACACCAACGAGAAGCCAUUCGAGUGCCAACAUUGCGACUAUGCCAGCGCCAUCAAGGCCAACCUCAGCGUUCACAUGCGCAAACACACCGGAGAGAAGUUCUGCUGCGACCACUGCUCUUUCCAGUGCCUGAGCAAGGGCCACCUCAAGGUCCACGUGGAGAGGGUCCACCAGAAGAUCAAGCAGCACUGCCGCUUCUGCAAGAAGAAGUACUCCGACGUCAAGAACCUCCUCAAGCACAUGAGGGAGAGCCACGACCUGGAGGACAAGAAGGUGAAGGACUCUUACGACGAGUACAGCCUGCAGACCAGGGAGGGCAAGAGGCAGCUGCUGUACGACUGCCAGAUCUGCGACCGCAAGUUCAAAAACGAGCUGGACCGCGACCGGCACAUGAUGGUUCACGGCAGCGAGAGGCCGUUUGGCUGCGAGCUGUGCGACCACGGCUGCACCAAGUUCCAGGCGCUGCAGGCGCACGUCCGCAAGCACCCCUUCCUCUAUGUGUGCGUCACGUGCCAGCAGAAGUUUGUCAGCUCCGUGAGACUCAAGGCCCACCUGAGAGAGGCUCACCCGGAGUCCGACGAGGCCACUGGGUUCUCGGAGUCCAUCAACAGCAGCUUCUGCCUGCUAGAACCCGGGGACGAAAUCAAGAGGGAGAUGCUGAGGCAGGACGAGAUCAGGAUGGCUGAGGAGCUGUCCCUCCUCAACGCCCAGGAGACCAUUGCCACUGAGCCCGAGCUCUCCGAGGAGCAGGAGGAAGGGCUGGGGGAUGCGGGGGAGAAGGAUCAGGGUGGUGGGGAGGGGGAGGAACAGGGGGAGGAACAGGCGGAGGGGGAGGAACAGGCGGAAGGGGAGGAACAGGCAGAGGGGGAGGAACAGGCAGAGGGGGAGGAACAGGUGGUCCCUGAACCGCGUUCUGGGGUGCAGACUGAAAACACACAUCUGUUAAACCAACCUGCCCAUGAGACUGAGCUUCUCCAAGACGGCACUCAGCCAGUCAGUCCCAUGGAAACACAAACAACAAACAAAGGUACCAUCGAAGAAGUAAUCGGUGGACAGGGUCCCGACGAGACCCUGAAGGAAGGAGCCCUGUUUCAUACAGAGAAAGAUGUCACUGCGCCUGAACAAGACAUUGUGUUAGAGAGUCAUUCCUGUUCCAACAAGGAGGAACUAGCGGGCUUCCUGCAGCAUGUCAAAGACAAGGAUCCUUUAUCAACGUCCUUUGGUCAGAUUGAGGAGACGGUCCGGUCGUUUGUUCUGAUUCAAGGGGAGGUCACAGGUCAAACAAACUCUCCAGCCGCCUCACCAGAAGAGGACGGCGCAAAGCAGAAGAAGACAGCCUUCCAGCAGAUCAUAGAUAAGUUGCAGAAGAGGCAGCUGAACAUGGUGGUCUUUGACAGGAUACGGAAGGUGUACGGAGACCUGGAGUGUGAAUACUGUGGCAAGCUGUUCUGGUACCAAGUGCACUACAACAUGCACGUGCGCACCCACACCAAAGAGCACCUGCACUACUGCUCCCAGUGCAGCUACUCGUCUAUCACCAAGAACUGCCUGAAGCGCCACGUCAUCCAGAGGCACAGCGAUGUCCUGCUGAAGUGCCCCAUGGAGGCCUGCCACUACUGCACGCCCGACAAGUACAAGCUGCAGGCCCACCUGAAGACGCACUUUGACCCGGAGAAGAAGAGCUUUGUGUGUCCUGUGUGUGAGGAGACGGUCCCUGAAGAUAAACUGAAGCAUCAUAUCAAGAAUGUUCAUCCAGACACGCCAAUGUACAGCGUCUCUGAGGCCCUUGGCAUGAGGCUGCAGAUGAAGGGCCUGAUCGGGAAGAGGGCCUCCAAGUGCCCCUACUGUGACAGCUACUUCAUGAGGAACGGAGCCGACCUACAGCAGCACAUCUGGGCUCAUGAAGGAGUGAAGCCCUUCAAGUGUUCCCUGUGUGACUACGCCAGCCGCAGCAAGAGCAACCUGAAGGCCCACAUGAACAGACACACCUCGGAGAAGACCCACCUGUGUGACAUGUGUGGCAAGAAGUUCAAGUCCAAAGUCACGCUGAAGAGCCACAAACUGAUGCACACGGACGACGGUAAGCAGUUUAAAUGCACAGAAUGUGACUUCACCUCAGCGCAGAAGCCUCCGCUGCUGAGACACAUGGAGCAGCACGCCUCUUUCAAGCCUUAUCGCUGCGGCCUCUGCCACUACUCCUGUAACAUAGCGGGACCCCUAAAGAGACAUUACAGCAAGAAACACCCCAACGAGGAGUACUGCAAUGCAGGGCCAGGGCCGGCUACCUCAGAGACUGUGGAGCAGCAGGGGGGGGUCAAGUGUCCAGUGUGUGACUAUGUCUACGGAACCAAGUGGGAAAUGAACCGGCACCUGAAGAACAAGCACGGCCUCAAAGUGAUUGAGAGCGAUGGGCUUGGGCUGAACCAAUGGGAGGUGGUGGAGCAGUCCUUGGAGGAGCCGGUCACCCAGUACCUCCACAUCACGGAGUCAGGGGACCCCCAGGGGCCAGAGAGCGCCGUGUCGGCCCUCCGAGACUUCCGGUUCACAGAGAACGGUGUCGUGUCAACCACAACGGAGGGGCUGGACAGCACGGCGGUUAACAUCCUCCAGCAGAUCAUCGAGCUGGGGGCGGAAAGCCACGACACCACCCUGGCAUCCGUGGUGGCGAUGGCCCCCGGCAGACUGACCGUGGUGGAACAGGUGGGCGGAGAGGAGCAGGGGGACCACAUGGUGAUGAUCCAGGAGCCGUUCCAGCCGGCGGCCUCCUCGGGACUGGGGGAGGAGCACCAUCUGGUGGUGUCGUCCGACGACGUGGACGGCGUGGAAACGGUGACCGUGUACACCCAGGGGGAGGACGCGUCCCAGUUCAUCGUCUAUGUCCAGGAGGCUGUGCAGACCGAGGAGCACACUGUGGAGCACACAGAGGAGCACGCCGUGGAGCACACAGAGGAGAACACAGAGGAGUCUGUGUGAGCAACCAGGAGACCCGGUCCGGGCGAUCGAGGCUUCCUUUGAGGUUCCCAACCAGUGGAUGGAAGGUUUUGAAACGCAGAGCUCCGGCGUGACCUCGUCCAAUCGGGAUACUAUUUUUCCUGUUGUUUUCCUAUGAUGGGUUGGCUUGGCUCUAUGAACACUACAUCACAUGUCCAAAUGAUUUCAAGCAACAGACACUGUGUUUACACACACGACCCAGGUCGUCUUUUCCUCACCAACACUUAUUUUGACCGAUCAGGAUCUGCUCCUGAAUAAGGUCUGAUCAGGUGAUCAGUCCAAAGACCAAUUUGUGGAAAAAGAAUAUCAGAGUUGGGCAGCCUGCGCACUGUGGCUUGAAAUAUAUAAUUUCAUCACAUAGGAUUUCUGUGUGAUUUGCAUUUCCUUGUCAAAUACAACAUGACAUUGUGGGCUUCUCCUAGAGAACAAUAAUUUGAAAUGUGGAUUUUAUAAAUAAGCCUAAAUGUACUUUAGUACCUGAAAAUUAUGAAAAAAAUUAAGUGUUAAUUUAAAUAUUUAAAACAUGCAAGUUGUUCUGGGCCUGUUUUUCUGGCCCAGUUGUUCUGGCAUGUGCCUUUUUUUUCCUUUACAGCAGAUACUUUACAGGACAUUUCCAAACCAAUGGGAAUGUGAAUUACAGAACAAUUAAACCGUGUAUCAUGGCAAAUGUGUUUA